ACUCAAUGGAGAGUCCAAUGAAGAAUGAGUAGUUGAUUGAUCAUCUGAUAAAAGUUGAAGGGCUUCAAAGAAAUAUCUCACCUGUUAGUACGAGCACACCUUUAAAGAAAUAUUCCCAUUAACAAAAGCCCAGGCAGUUCUUGGGUUAAUCGGUCAAAAAAAAAGAAAAAAAGAGUUGCAGGGUUUAUCAUCUUAAAGUUUCUAGGAUUACCAGUUGAAAAAUGGGUUGGAAAGCAGCUGAAAGGCUAAUCAGGCACUGGAAAGUACUUAGAGGAGAUAACGUAAUGAUAAUAAGGGGAAAGGACAAAGGUGAAACUGGAGUUAUUAAGCGCGUCAUUCGUUCUCAGAAUCGUGUUAUUGUUGAGGGUAAAAAUCUGGUGAAAAAGCACAUCAAGGCAGGUGAGGGUCACGAAGGUGGAAUCUUUACAGUUGAAGCCCCAGUUCAUGCCUCAAAUGUUCAAGUUCUUGAUCCAGGCACAGGGAAACCUUGCAAGGUUGGAGUUAGAUAUCUAGAAGAUGGUACCAAAGUAAGAGUUUCCAGAGGUCAAGGGGCAUCUGGAUCUAUAAUUCCUCGUCCUGAUAUUUUAAAGAUGAGAACAACUCCAAGACCCUCUAUAGCUGGUCCUAAGGACACUCCUAUGAAUCUUGUGUUGGAGAGGACGUAUGAUCCUAAAACUGGGAGGGGCAUGCCUGACCUUUGAAGUAUCCUUUUUCAAAUUUACGGCAGACAUUAGACAUUUUUAAUGGAGUUGCAGGAGCUUUUGAAUCGGAUAUAACGGCAGAUGUCAAAACAUAAUUAUUCCAUAAGGGUCUCAACCGUGAAGUUCCAAUUUAGUUGGUGAAAAAGAAAAAAGAGGUUUAGAUUUCCAAGGUAAAUGAUAGGAAAUAUUGUUUGAGCUUAUAAUUAUCUUUGUUCUUUAGAAGUUUUUAUCCAGAAUAAGUUAUAAAAACGUUAAAAAGUUUUCACUAAUCAGUUUAGUGGAACUCAAAUAUAUUUAAUUUCUUAUUUCAGUUUCUUUUAUGGCAAAUAUGGAGUCUGUAAUGAGCAGAAUUGUCUCAAAUCAAUUGAGCUUGGAAUGGUAAUUUGAUGAUAUUAAGGCA